AGUGCGUCAUCUUCGGGAGUCGUUGAUGCAUGCACAAACGCAUCGGUUCUCCCGGUAAAAGCGUGCUAACGGGGGUCUCCUCCAUCACACGAGCUCCUCACUGCGGAUCUGCACCGUAGCCUAUACCUCAUCUUACAUAACGGCGGUCGACAGGACGGGACGGAAGCAUCGGUCCGCACCAGACAGCGGCUGUCGUGUUCUGCAAGCACCCGGAGUUCAGAGAGCAAACCGACGCAAUCUCCGCAUUGCACGCCGUGACCAUGGCGGAACCGGAGCUGUCGCCCGCGGCGGACCCGUCUCUGCAGUCUCCGCGCUCGGCCCCGCUAUCCCUGUCAUUCCCGUUCCUGCGAGAAGGCAGCCGCGUUUGGGAACGCGCCGCGCUGCAGCCCGGGGAGUUACCGAGUCCUCUGCCCACCAAACGCACGCGCACGUACUCGGCGACUGUUCGUGCAAACGCAGGUCCCGUCUUUAAGGGCGUGUGUAAAAACUUCUCGCGGUCGAAGGGUCACGGCUACAUCAGACCAGUUCACGGUGGAGAGGACAUCUUCGUACACAUCUCAGAUAUUGAAGGAGAGUAUGUUCCUGUGGAGGGAGAUGAGGUCACAUACAAGGUCUGUCCGGUCCCACCCAAGAACGUGAAGGUCCAGGCCGUGGAGGUGAUCAUCACGCACCUCAAACCAGGAAGCAAACACGAGACCUGGUCAGGCCAGAUCAUCAGCUCCUAGGAUCCAGUCGGAGCAGGACUGCAGGGAGGAAGGAGGGUGGCUUUUCCCGAAAGAGAGAGCAAAGCAUCAUGGGAAGGCUUUUGAAAGUAGAAGGGAGCAGAGAAUGUUGAGUUCUGCAGAACGAGAAAGGUUACGGGAACAUUAGACCUGAAACAGACUCUACGCAAGUAUUUAUUUCACAUGUCCAUGCGGUUUGAGAAGUCUCAGAAUAUACGUCGCAUUCGCAACAGCAUUACAGAAGUUUGCGUAGAGCUUGUUUCUGGUUAAAUGAAUCAUCUGUAGGUGUGAGAAACUGUGAAAUCAUGGUUGAACAUCCUCAAACUGGACUGUGAAAGAAUCAAACGCAUAGAUUCGGAGGCACACGCUACACUUGUGGCUGUUUUUGGCUCUUAUUUUUCUUUAUUUAUGCAUUAAUUUUUAAUGUUAAAUUGAUGGUAAUAGGGAAAUAGGUAAUAGGAUGGAUCUCACAAAAACCUGUCCAGGACAUAUCAUAUUCACAGUUAUAUUCACCCCAAAAUCAAAAUGGAAAAAUUAUGCAAUUAUGUCCUGCAUAAAGAUUUUCAGGACAAUUAAACAUUUACCCCCAAAUCCAUAACACUGCAGAAAAAUAUCUUAUUUCAAUUGUAAAACAUUUAAAUAUCAUAAUUGUAUUAGUUGUACUGACUUUAUGCAGUUAGAGGUAUUUUAUCCAUGCAUUUUACAGAUUUUAAUUAAAAAAUUAUGAGAAGCAUUACAGGGAAUAAAAAUAAUGUCUAAAAAUGUUGAUAAAAACAAUAAAAAA